CGACUUCCUGUAAUGCGGAUGAUUAUAUGAAUACUUCAUAUCCUAUAUAUGGCGGGGUUGAAAGGUGUUUGGUGCCGCCUCUGAUGUUUGAUUAUGCCCUUUUGUUGCUAGGGCAGUUAAUUAGGAGCUCACAAUAUAUAGGCAGCCCACCACUGGAGCUCGUGGAGCUCGACACGUAAGGGCUGGAGACGUUCCUCAAGUAGCCCAACAAGCAAAAGAUUUUGGUGCCGUCUUUCCACACGUGACUAAAGCAGGAGGAAUCUGUCUGUUAUGUCGUUGCUUAUGACUCCUUCACAUCUGGGAAGAGAGGGCAGAGGCAAGGAGGAGGAGGACGAAGAAGAAGAAGAGGGUUUUGCUACCAUGGAAGAGGAGAGGGCCUUUCCCAGUGACUUGUCAGGUUUCGAGUUCUUCAUGAUCAUGCUCUCCAAUUCCUUGAAGAAACUGAGGAUGCCGGACAAGUUCGCCAAGGUGCUCGCCGGACGUGAGCCCCGGGAAGUGAAGCUGCGGGAGGCCGGCAGCGGGCGCCACAGCCUGUGGGACGUGAAGGUGGUGCUGGACGCCGACGGCCACAUGUACCUAGGGCGCGGCUGGGAGCAGUUCGCCCGCGCGCACGACCUGCGGCUCGGCUACAUCCUCCUGUUCAGCUUCGACGGCGACGCCGUGCUCACCGUCAAGGUGUUCGACGUGAGCAUGUGCCGCAGGCACUACCAGCGCGACGACGAUGCCAGCAGCGGGAGCAGCAACGACGGCAGCGGCUCGGCGGAGACGGAGGUCGACGAGGCUCCGACGUCGCAGUUCACGGUCAGGCUGAGCGGCUGCCACUUCCUGGAGAAGCAGCAGCAGUAUCUGAACGUGCCGCUGGAGUUCCAUGAGGCGCACGGGUACGCGGAGAGGAGCAAGGUGGUGCUGCGGAUGAGCGGCAAGUCGUGGCCGGUGACCCUGAAGCACACCAACCGGGCGGGCGGCAAGACCCGGUCGUCCUUCAGGUACGGGUGGCACCAGUUCCUGGUGGACAACCGCCUCACCGUCGGCGACACCUGCUUCUUCCGCGCGCUCCGCGGCGGCGAGGACCACGAGCUCAAGGUGCAGGUCCGCAAGCUGGACGGCUCCUUCGUGGACUGAUCGGUGCUGGCGAUCAACUGUAUCAGCCGUACGUGUCGGCGUGCUCAUCACCGGCAUGGCACUACUUUUUCCAGUAGUUGUUUGAAGCUUUCGGUUCGUAUGUUCUGAAUCCUGGAUCAGUGCCUUCUGAUGCUAGUAGCAGCAGAGUAACUAGAGAAUAAGCCGCCUGACUCUGUGCCCCCUCGUGUGCAAAAAUGACGAGAUUGUUCGCCUAAUUUCUUGCCUGAAAUUGUCAUCUUUGUGCUACAAGGAUAAGAAUUUCAGUUUCACGUUUGCACAUGCA